AUGGCCGACAUCACCGAUCAGCACGACCAAACGUCGCCCACCGACCUCGAUGAGCACGGAAAUGGCGCUUCUGCAGGCGAAAACCGUGGCGUCAAACGCCCUCGUCCCAGCACCGCAGACGAUGACGAUGACGACGAUGAGAAGGGUGGCCGUGAGCGUCGCAAGAUUGAGAUAAAGUUCAUCAGCGACAAGUCGCGUCGCCACAUUACUUUCUCGAAGCGCAAGGCCGGUAUUAUGAAGAAGGCGUACGAGCUGUCCGUUCUCACCGGUACACAGGUGCUACUCCUGGUGGUCUCGGAGACCGGAUUGGUAUACACCUUCACCACCCCAAAGCUUCAGCCGCUCGUCACCAAGGCGGAGGGCAAGAACUUGAUUCAGGCAUGUUUAAAUGCACCUGAGCCCAAUCCCGGCAAUGAGAACGGUGUCGACGACUCCAAUCAGGUUGACUCGCCUGAGGAGCCUCCCAGCGCCCACCUGCCACCGCAACAGAGCCGAGCCAUGCCGCAGAACCCGCACAUGCCUCCCAGCUAUAUGCCCAAUGUCCCGAUGGACCCAUCGCAGGCCCUCGCAUAUCAGAGUUAUGUCCAACAGCGCGGUGGGCAAUACGCAAUGCCGCCACAGUCCGGCUUGCCCCAGCACACAUCUCACCAGUCAUAG